UCUUAUUUGAUCUAUGUGGAUAUUUUAGAGAACUAAGUUCAAAAGUACUCUACAUUGAUGUGCUUGAGAAGUUAGAGGAACAAAUUAAAAUGACAUUGUGUCGUUUGGAGAUGAUAUUUCCACCAGGUUUUUUUACCAUUAUGGUGCACUUGGUUGUUCAUUUAGCCACUGAAGCAAAAUUAGGAGGUCCCGUGUGUUACCGAUCUAUGUAUUUUGUGGAAAGAUAUUUGUGUGUAUUGAAGUCAUAUGUGCGUAAUAAGGCACAUCCUGAAGGGUGUAUUGCAGAAGCAUAUUUGGCAGAUGAGUGUAUGACAUUUUGUUCAAGAUAUCUUGAAGGUUUUGAGACAAAGCAUAACCAGCCUACACGAAAUGAUGAUAGUGAUGAGUCAGUUGCAUGUUCAGAUGAUGAAUGCACACCAUAUCUUUUUCCUCAUGUUGGAAAACCACUUAGCAAGCCGAGAAGUUAUAUUAUUAGGGGCAUGACUAAAAUGCAAGCACAUAGAUAUGUGCUCUUCAACUAUCCAGAUAUCAACUCAUACCUUCGAACUCAUGCUGAUGAGAUUAGAAGAACAUAUCGGCAAGGCCGCGUCACCCCAAAGAUUAUCGAGCGUAUCCAAAAUGAAAAAUUCCACGAAUGGUUCAGAGCUCAUAUAAUGGAUCUAGAGAGGAAAAAUGGCAUCUGUAGUGUCAAUAAUGAUCAUAGAUGGCUGGCUCAUGGUCCAAUUGGUCCAGCAAAAAGAUACCGUGCUUUUAAUACCCGUGGCUUCCGGUUUAGGCCUAAACAUUUGGAUGGAGUGACACAGAAUAGCGGAGUUGUCCUAAGUGCAAAAACAUCCGGUUAUACUAAAUCAAAUGACGCAAAUCCAAUAUUGGGUGAUCUAACAUACUAUGGUAGAGUCAUCGAUAUUAUUGAGCUAAACUACUAUGGACAAUUUUCAGUGGUAUUGUUUAAAUGUGAAUGAGUUGAUGUUGUUUCUGGAAAAGGAGUUAAAAAAGAUAAGUAUGGUUACACACUAGUUAACUUCUCACAUCUCAUACAUACUGGAGAAAAGUUGAGCAUGAGCCCUUUAUUUUUUCCAAUCAAGCAGAUCAAGUUUAUUAUGCUGAUGAUCCAAUUAAUCCUGGGUGGUCUGUGGUUAGAAAGAACAAACCUAGAGAUAUAUAUGACAUUGGUGAGGAUGAAUAUGCAGGUGACAUAGAAAUUGAGCCAUUCCAUGUUUCACACCUUGGUGGAAUGUCCAGUAAUGCAAACAAUUACAAGCAAUGGGUUCGAACAGAUGUUGAAGGAACAAUAGUAGAUGUUGAUAAUAAUGCUUUCAAUAAUAAAGGAUAACAGAGGAAAAUUAUUACUCUUUCAUGAUUUAUUUCAUUACUUCAAGGAAGAUAAUAAUUAUUCGGGCAUCGGCGAACAGAUCAGCACCAGGUUUGGAUACCGGAUAAUGAAUUUUGGGCCAGAUGAAUAACACAUGGUAGCUGUGUCCGUGCAGCACCAACAGAACAGCACAUGGCGCAUGAGCGAUUCUAUUGGUCUUGUUCGUCUCUGUGUGCAGGCAGUGGGCAUAUUAUGUCUGUAGAUGCUUACUUUCAGAUCCUGGACUGAUUUUGUCCAUGUUUUUAUCCAAUUAUGGUGGUUUGAGCGUCUAUCAGCUGCUUUGGGCCUUCCAUGAAAUCUGAAGAUGUAUGCAGUUGAUUCUCAUGCUCAUGUAAUCCGGUAAAGGAUGUAAUCGUUGUUAGGAUUUUGGGAUGCCCUUUGUGAAAUGUGUCCUUUGCAGGGGAAAAGGGGUCAGAGAUAAAUUAUCUUACUCUUAGCAGAUUUUUCGAGAAUAUGCAUCUUUUGUUGCUUUCAAAACAAGAAUAAGAACAUCAAUUUCACAUAUAUAUACUCUGUAUGUGUGCUUGUGUUUCU